CUGUGUGGAAUGAAUUUUUAACAAGCGGAAGUUCCGCGCAAAAUGUCAAUAAAUUGAUGUUGUUGGGAAAUUAAUUGCCAAUUUAUUCGAGAACAGCUUAUAUUAAGUUGUUUUAACAGAUAUUAUAUUUAUUUACAAUUACACGUUGAACCCCAGCAUACGAUACUUCAUGGCAUGUUGAUUUGAUUGCGCGCCCGCCUAACUUACAAUGCAAAGAAAACCUGGAUUUCCCGUGGCUAACUGCAGCAUUAAAAUGCCGGACUGCUCAGUGAUGCCCGAGGCUCUAUGCGAUGAUGACAGCGACCAACAACAGCGCCGCCAACAACUCAUCAACUUCGGCCACUCACAGUGGGGCUUCAACAACUGGAGCUGGGCAGUCACGAAACAAGAUCUGGAUUUUGUGGACUUCACAAAUGGCAAGUACUGUGCGGGGGUAGUUGCCUUUGUCUCUAUAACAGUGAAGAGCUUUGACAUACACAGAGAGAAUAUCGGCUAUGCCACCUCAACAGCAAACUCAAAGGGAUUCGCCAUUUACAAGUCCAGAAAGUGUGCAGUGACAAAUGCACUUCGUGAGACAUUGCUGAGUUUUGGUGGCAGUGUGGCUACUGAACUAAAUGAGCUGCUGGAGACGCAGCGACUCGACGCGCCAGCCAAUGCGCCCGAGCCGCUCACUGAGAACAACCAGAAUGUAGCCAACAAGCUUGUCGAGCCUAAAAACGUGACACUCGAGCGCAACGCGCGGAAAGACUCCACCGACAGCACCCCCCACCCCGCGCUGCGCUCCCCCCUCGCGCCGCCCCCCGCGCAGCCCGCGCCCCCGCCCGCGCAGCCCGCGCCGCCCGUGCAGAACGGGCCCCUGCCGCCGCCGCCCGCCGUCAAGAAUGCUGCCGCCGCGCGGGCACUAGCCGCAGCGAUGCCGCCCGCUAACCGCGUGCCGCCUGUGGGUCCUGGACGGGGGGCUCCGGGCCCCGCCGGGCCGCCGCCGGGCCCCGCGCCGGCCGCGCACGCUGCACACGCUGCACAUGCUACACACGCGCGGCCCAACUCUAACGAGCCGUGUGCUAAGACCGGCGUGGGCACACUUGAGGGGCUGAGCGAGGAGGAAGCGCGGGCCGAGAGGAAACGUCGCCAGCGCCUCGCACAAGAGGAGUUCCGAAUCAAACAGCUCAUGAAGCAGCAGAUCGAUGAGAAGCAAGAGCUGGGUAGGAACAGUAGCAGCUUCGACCACCUUCUCAUGGAGAUACCGACUCAGGACAUUAUGAUCGAGGCCACUGGCGAGGAACCAGGGAAACGGAAGUCGCCCACACCAGAAUGCGCCAGCGCCGCUAAGAGACGCAACAGCUGCAAGUCCAAGUUAGAUAUUAUGAAGUCGGAUUAGUAUUUACACAUAGGACUAUAUUUAUAUAGGUACUUGUCGAUAUUUUUUAACUGUCUUACAUGAAAAGUCAGACUAAUAUUGUAAGAAUUAUUAAGAUAUAAAGAAGUAUUAUAUAAUAGGUACUAUUCUGAGAUUAUUGUCCAAUUUACACUUCUGGGGAGAUGUGUCUUAAAAUUUUCUAUAUUCUCGUAUUGGGUAUAAUGUAUGUUGUGUAUUUUGAUUUUGUUUGCUUAUGGAUACUCAUAAGCAAGUAGGUUUCAUCAUAAUCCUCCUCCAGCCCACAUCCUAAUUUUAUUUGGGGUUGGUGCAGCAUGUUUUCUUCUUCCAUACUCUUCUAUCUGCUGUCAUCUCACAAAGUAACAUUAUUUCUAGCCAUGAGGACUUUCACACAAUCCAUCCAUUUUCUCUAUGGUCGUCCCCUGCCACUAAAUGCUUAUCAUACUUAAUUACAAGAAAUAAAUUGAAUAGUAGAGAUAACAGCAAAACCUGACUUCGUCAAUUUUAAAUGAAUUAAAUGUAUGUUUUAUUACCAAGUAAUAAAGGUACAUAAAUAUAAUUGAAUAAAUAAAACACUAUUUUGAAAUUAUUUUUAUUUUAUUCACUAACAGAUUACGCAUCUUACACAGGAGUAUUUACACGAACGAAAAAUACUAAGUUCUAAGUUAUUGUACUCAGGUAAAUUAAGAAACGAAAAUGACACCCUACUUAUAUUAAGAGUUAAACGAAAAGUCACCUUAAAACAAACGACUUAAGAGCUAAUUAAUAUUGACUGCUUACGGUAAGUGCAACUGGCUGGACGACGGAGUCUUGUAAUCAAGAAGGUCAAAUAUGAAUAAAUUAAAUAAUGAUGAUUUAUGUCCUCAUAGAACAUAGUGUGUAAAUUGCGAUUAAAUACAUUCCCUGUACUUAUAAUAUGUGGGUAGGAUUAAAUGAAAGGUAUUUGACGAACAAACUAUCCACGCCAGCUAGAUUAAAAUACUUGUGAUACCUUUAACUAUAUUUACCAUUUACGAUACACAUUAACUUAAUAUCAACUAAGCGUCAUAAAGGGAUAUAGUAUAUCGUAUGAAAUAGUAAUAUUUGAUCCAACUGUAAUAUAGAAAUAAUUGAUGUUUGAUAUUAAAAUGAUUUUUGGAAA